AUGUCGCGCAGCGUCAGCGCCGCCCGCGACAGGUGCUUGGAGCUGGAGCGCGUCAUCGCCGGCCGCGCCCGGUCGGGAAGCCUCGGCCUCGACGACGCGCUCAAGCUGUUCGACGAAAUGCUUCCCCACGCCAGGCCCGCUUCGGUUACCGCCUUCAACCACCUCCUCAAUGUUGUGUCUCGUGCCUUGUGCCGGCGCUCCUCCACCUUAGAGUCAGGGCUCGUCAUCUCCCUCUUCAACCGGAUGGUACGUGACUGCUCCAUCAAGGUGGCUCCCAACCUUUGCACCUACAACAUCCUCAUCGGCUGCUGCUGCCGCAUGGGCCGCCUGGAGCAUGGCUUCGCCGCCUUUGGCCUCAUCCUUAAGACUGGCUGGAGCAUGGCUUCGCCUGAAGCACCUAUAAUCAUCAAUCAACUGCUCAAGGGCCUCUGUGACGCCAAGAGGGUGGUUUCAUACAACACACUUCUCAAGGGUUUCUGUGAUGAAAAGAGAGCCGAGGAGGCACUUGAGCUGCUCCACAUGAUGUCUGAUGGUCAAGGUAGUAGCUACCCACCAGAUGUGGUGUCAUACACCACCGUCAUUAAGGGUUUCUUUAGUGAAGGUCAGGUGGAUAAAGCUUGCAGCCUGUUCGUUGAAAUGGGUGUUUCACCGAAUGUUGUGACAUACAAUACAAUCAUUGAUGGUCUGUGCAAAGCUCAAUCAGUUGACAGGGCCAAGGGCGUCUUUCAGCAAAUGAUUGAUAAAGGUGUCAAGCCAGACAAUGAGACAUAUAACUGUCUCAUCCAUGGAUACCUCUCAACAGGACAGUGGGAAGAGGUGGUUCAAAGGCUCAAAGAAAUGUCCACAUGUGGUCUUGAGCCAGAUGCUUUUACCUAUGGUUUGCUACUGGACUAUCUAUGCAAGAAUGGAAAGUGCAGUGAAGCUCGAAUUUUUUUUGAUUCUAUGAUUAGGAAGGGCAUAAAACCUAGUGUAACUACCUAUGGCAUUAUGCUUCAUGGAUAUGGUAACAAAGGAGCUCUUUCUGAAAUGCAUGAUCUCCUGAAUUUGAUGGUAGCAAAUGGUAUUUCACCUAAUCAUUACAUCUUCAACACUGUGAUCUGUGCAUAUGCUAAAAGGGCAAUGAUAGAUGAGGUGAUGCAUAUAUUUAUCAAAAUGAAGCAGCAAGGUUUGAAUCCAGAUGUCGUUAGUUAUGGAGCAUUAAUAGAUGCACUUUGCAAGUUGGGAAGAGUGGAUGAUGCUUUGCUCCAAUUCAAUCAUAUGAUCAAUGAAGGAGUGACUCCUAACAUUGUAGUUUUUACCUCCCUUGUUUAUGGACUUUGCACUGUUGACAAAUGGGAGAAGGUUGAGGAAUUAUUUCUCAAAAUGUUGAAUCAAGGGAUUCGCCCUAACAUCGUUUUCUUCGACACAAUAUUGUGUAACUUAUGCAGAGAAGGACGGGUUAUGGAAGCCCGAAGGCACACUGACUCGAUGGUAUGCAUGGGUGUCAAGCCUGAUGUUAUCUCAUACAACACAUUAAUAGAUGGCCACUGUUUAGCCAAUAGAAUUGAUGAAGCGUCACAGCUACUUGAUAGUAUGGCCUCAGUUGGCUUGAAACCUGACAUUUUUUCUUAUGAUACAUUGCUUAAUGGCUAUUGUAAAGCUGGCAGGAUAGAUAAUGCAUAUUGUCUUUUCCGAGAAAUGUUGAGGAAGGGAGUUAUGCCUGGAGUUGUGACUUACAAUACUAUACUGCAUGGUUUGUUUCAGACUAGAAGAUUUUCUGAAGCAAAGGAACUGUGCCUCAAUAUGAUUAAAAGUGAAAAACAGUGGUCCAUUCGCACAUACAGCAUAAUUCUAAAUGGGCUUUGCAAAAACAAUUGUGUUGAUGAAGCAUUCAAAAUGUUUCGGAGCGUGUGUUCUAAGGAUCUUGAACUUGACAUUAUUACUUUCAACAUCAUGAUUGAUGCUUUGUUCAAAGGUGGCAGAAAGGAAGAUGCCAUGCAUUUGUUUGCUGCUAUCCCUGCUAAUGGUUUGGUUCCAGAUGUUGUGACCUACCGCUUAAUAGCUGAAAAUCUCAUAGAAGAAGGGUCGCUAGAGGAGUUUGAUGGUCUGUUUUCAGCAAUGGAAAAGAGUGGUACUGCUCCAAACUCACGGAUGUUAAAUGCUCUAGCUAAGAGGUUGUUGCGUAGAGGUGACAUAAGCAGGGCUGGGGCUUACCUCUCCAAGCUUGAUGAGAAGAACUUCUCACUUGAGGCUUCCACUACUUCCAUGCUUAUAUCACUUUUUCGAGGGAGGAUUAUCAGCACCAUGCAAAGUCCUUGCCUCAAAAGGAAAGAAGAUGGCAAUAAGGGUUAUGACUUUAUUGAAUACUACAGGCAGGCAUGCGUAGAGUAUGCUAAGCAGAAGAUGUCUACUCCAGAAUUCAAAAUAGAUAUAAAUGCUCCUACUGUCAGUUAG